UUCAAAAUAACCUGUAAAAUGGCAGAUCGUUGUCGGCCAUGACCACGAGUCCCCGAGAGGAUGUACAGAGUGGGUCAUAUUUGCCUAGGACGCCUCAUGACUCUGCCAGGAUAAUGGAAGGUGAUGCUGUUUCACGGAUCUCACAGUGGAAUGAACAUGCUGUUGCCCAGUGGUUGGAGGCAGCUGGCUUUGGAAGAUAUGUAACACCUUUCGUCGAAAAGCAUGUGACAGGAAACGUCCUGUUGAACAUGACGUACGACACGCUUCGCCAAUCGGGAGUGACAAAUUUGGGGGAUCGCGCGAAACUAUUACUACUCGUCAAUAACCUGAAAGGCAACACUUCGCCAAAUCAUUCGACAUCCAGCAGCGUCUCGGGAUUUCCUCCCACUCUGGUAGACGAACAGCUACCUGCUCAAGGUGACAUAACUGGUGCCUCUACGCCUGUGUCUAGAAAUACGCCGCCCCAGACAGCAGUGUCUCCGACGAGGCCCGUGCGCACCGAAUCCUCCAGUACACUACAUCCCCAACAUACAAGCCCGAUAUCUACUGGAGGAAAUCGCCUUCCAAUUCCUCCUCGCACUAAAAGCAAAGAAGCUUUCCCAAGAGGAUGGGAUGCUAGAAUUCACGGAUGGGACUCGUCGGUUCGGACCGUUGCUCUGCAAGACGGCGGACAGCCUCGAGACGGAUUUCAAGACCGUACAUAUAUUUCGUCUCUUUGUCAAGAAAAGCACAUGUCUGCUCGCACUACCAUUUACAGUGAUCUUGUUCCGACGGUAAAUGUAUCUUCCUUGCUACCGGAUCGCACAGACUCUCUCCUGGACUCGAACGUUAGUGACUCUUCACUUUCAACCCCGUCAGUAUCCUGUGCGUAUGGGGACGGGUCAUCCAACUAUAUGGGCCGAUUAAGCGCGGUACAUGUGUCGCCACCGACGGGUGAGGCUGAAUUCCAAGACGACUCUAGCUUGAUGAGCAGAGCGGCAAACCCCUUAAGACGUCAACCGGCCAUACGUGAAUCUCGAUCAAAAUCACCUCCACGAAGCGAUGACAGCGAUACAAGUAAUGGAAAGCGGCGGCCCAACUUAGCCAUUCGCACCAAUUUAAAUCAGUUGGCCCCGCCAAACUCGAAAUCAAUAUCCAGAAGAUCCCCAGAUGGCUCACUCUCAGUUUCUCCAAGCACUCCUAAUAUAUCUCAUACAGCACGGUCUCCACGAGACCGGGAAUUAAGUCGAGAAGGAAGUAGUGGAAGCGUGGGCACGGUAUCGCCUACCACUGCCAUCGUGGAUUCUCCAAACACUCACUUUGUGCGGUCUCUCAGAGACUUGAGUUUCUAUGAGAAGGACAACACGAUGGACAUAGCCGGGCUACGAGAGCGAUGUAUUCGAGUGACGGGAUUAGAUGACCAGUCCCAUAUAAUUGACGUCAGAAACCUCGUCGGCGCCCAAGCAAUUCGCGACAGAGUCUUUAUGAAGUUCAAUCUGCGGGAUCCAGGGGAGAGAAUGAGGUACGGCAUAUAUGGACUGGAUUUUUCGGGCCAACUCGACACAGAGAAUCAAUUGGACGAUGAAGCUCUUCUGGCAAUUUGCAAAUCGCCCAAUUACCAACUCAAAGCUCAUUUGGUCCUCAAACGACUUGACGAAGAGUGUGCUCUCCCAUUGCCAGAUGAGAAGUUGGUUGACACGCCAGCAACUCCCCAUGAAGUUUCGGAAGUAGAUGAACCCCUGUCAUCGCCAAUUGUCCCCAAGCAAAGCACACGACGGGGGCUGCUUAAGCUGUUUAGCAACGCGACAAAACGAGCUGUGGCGCCACCUGAAGACGAGCCCUAUGUGGACGUAUCGAAUAUAGCCCCGCACUCUGCUCCGGUGCGACUGGAAUCAAACAACGACAUUCCACUUCUCGGACCACCAGAUCAAGAUGGUUUCCCUGAAGGAGAGACUGGGGAUUUCCAAAGUAUUGAUGAUCUACCUUAUGAUGGACCCCUUUCGAGGGUCACAACAAAGAAGCUCGAGCAUUUCUUUGGAGAGCGGCCGCCAAGUGAGCUUAUUUGUGAAAACCUAGAGGAAUUUUUCCCAAGUUUAUCGCGAUCGCGUCCCAUCACUAGUCAAGGUCAAGGGGAGAUGACAGGCGGCGAUCAUGUACCGGAAAGAGAACGUUUAUCUUUGAAGAAUUUUGUAAAGGAAACUAUGAAAAGGAAAAGGGCCAGCCGAAGCGAGACCAGUUUUGGACGGCGACUGAGUAGACCAGCCGCCUUGGUACUCUCCGAACUGUCAGAGCCCGAUAAGGUGCCAACACAGGAGCAAGCACAACCCGAGGAAGUGGAGCAAGUUGAAAGUCAGUGGAAGGAUCGCAUUGCAACCAUUGACGAGGAUUCUAGUGUGCUGACUGGAAAAGAUGCAGACUGGUUGCCUAUCUCACGGAAUCCAGAUGUUGAUGAUCUUCUCCGAACAGAAGGUGGGAGCGACGGGGAAGCGGAUCCCAUGGAGCGGCCAAUGGCAAGUCGCAAACGUUCGGCCAAGAUUUUUGGAGUCCGAAAGGGGGUUUUGGUGGAUUAUGCUGCGGAGCAACCGCUGUCGCAAGCAGGCUCUAUUCCAAUGAUUGACCGAGUGUGGACCACGUCGCUGAAUGAUUUGGAUAAAAGUCGGCGACGCUCUACUGUGUCUCACACGAGCGUGUUGGGCCGUCGUUCUAAGCAAUCACUGGUGGGGAGCCGUAAGAAUUUAAGCCGCUCAGAUACGGAAUUGGACGAGUCUGAGAUCUCUACUGGCGAUAGGCUACGAAGGGCAGGAACAAAACGCGCUCAAAUGAAACGGCUCGCGAGAAGCGAUGACUAUCUGCAUACUUCUGAGAAAUGGGCACCUCUGAAAUUAACUUGGAGUGACGAAAGUUUCCUGAACCAGCGCAGAGCUGGAACCAUUGGAAUGAACCUUGGUACGCGCAAGAGCGUAGCGUCUUGGGACAAACGACGCGAACACCGUUCCGAGUCCGAGAUUGAGGCAGAGGGCACUACUGAAUCUUAUAAGCCACUUACAUCGAGGAGAACCACUCGCAGGGAAUCCAAACUGGCGUCGCAAAAUUCUUUGGCUGCAGAGCGCCCAAUCGCAGAAGAAGACGAAGAACAUGAAGAUGACGUAACUGCCAGCACGGAUAUCGCUCUUCGGGACGAACAGACUACGCAAGAGCCGAAAAUCCCUGGGGACGGAUCGGCUGCCAAUUCUCUGGAGGGUCUCGAUAGAUCCAUGCCUACGCUGUCAAGAGCAUUUACGCACGAACCUGACAAGCGGAGCAACGUUGAAUGGGCUUGCGGUCCCUUGAUAGGCAAAGGCGCAUAUGGUAAAGUCUUCUACGGGGUUAAUGUGAAGACUGGAGAAAUUAUGGCCGUCAAACAAGUGGAACUCGCUGGGAUGCCUAGGAAGCGAAAUGCGGAGGACGCGAAAAAGGAUUCCAGGCGCAGAAUGUUGGACGCACUUCAUCGUGAAAUUACUCUUUUAAAAGAUUUAGAUCAUGAGAAUAUCGUGCGAUACCUCGGUUAUGACGUGGAAGGAACGACGAUCAAUGUCUUUCUAGAAUAUGUCUCUGGUGGUUCUAUAUCAUCGUCGAUUACCAGCAUGGGCCGCUUUGAGGAGCCUUUGGUGCGGAGCUUAACAUGCCAAAUCCUUUGCGGCCUGGAGUACCUUCAUGAACGAUCUAUCAUUCACCGAGAUAUCAAAGGAGGAAACGUACUGCUCGAUGAGAACGGUGUCGCAAAAAUAUCAGAUUUUGGAAUUUCAAAGAAAAACGAGUACAAGAUGGCAUAUAGGUUCAACUCGCGCAUGUCAAUGCAAGGCUCUGUGCAUUGGAUGGCCCCAGAGGUCAUCAAAGCUAAGGGUUACUCUGCUAAAGUCGAUAUUUGGAGUCUGGGCUGUCUCAUACUUGAGAUGUUCACCGGAUACAACCCCUGGCGGCAGCUGGACGAGCUACAAACGAUGUGGCGGUUGGGUCGUGAAAACACACCUCCAUUACCUGAGUGGUUGUCACCACAGGCACAAAACUUGCUGGAAAAGUGCUUUACAAUCGAUCCUGAUCAACGACCGACUGCAACCGAUCUUCUAUCGCACGAGUUUGCUGAUGUGGAUCCCGCCACCAUUGUUGACUUUCGAGCGUAUAAGGAAGCAGCGAUCGAGCAAAAGCGUCUGGAAGAGGAGGAGGCCGAUGCUCUUUCCGACGAUGACGAUUGGGACGGGAGCGACGUGAACUGGCUUACAAGCCGAAAUUCCUUGUACAUUUCGCGGGUACUUACGGCUAGACGGCUUUCCACAAUGAAGCGGCGAGCCUCCAAGGGUCUUGCUUCGAAAGACGAUAAUAUCGGCGGUGACGCUAAUGUCACCCCUGAUAGUGUUGUUAAACAGGAUGCUGGAGAGUCGGAGCCACUACCCAAUAGUCUGACAGGAACUUCUUUCGGAAGUGCUGAUGUCGAUGCGGAUCUUAACUGUGAGGAGGAGAUUUCACAUAACAGUAGUGCUUUUCAGCACCGUAAUGAUGAGAGCCACCGAAUGAUGUCUCUGAAUGAAUCAGUAGCUAUUUUGCACUGAUGGAAAUCUGUCGCUCAUUUUGCGUUUUAAUAUCUUUCGUGUAUUAGAUUUUUGAUCUCUUAAUGUAUUAUUUUAAAUGUACAGAGCUUGGCCAGAAAGUUGUAAUUGGUCGUAAAGUCACUAAACGAAAACAAAUGAUUGCUCUAAUACUCAGUAA